UUUCCGUCCGGAGUUACGAGUAGCCAGCACCACCAGCGUGUUGUGUACACUGGAAAACCUCCAUGCUGAAAUAGCCACAGAAGAAAUAUGUGAUAAAAUCAAGACGUAAACAAUCGGAGUCAGUUUAUCUAACCGGAAGUGUAAUCUUCUUUAUUUUAACGUGCGUCACUGACGUUUAUUCGUCUUUUCUGAGAAAGAUAUCAACAGAUAAUCAGCCACCAUGAAGAUCAAGCGUCAGAAACAAGCCAAGAAAACAAUAAGUUUCUACAAAUACAACUUCAGCUUCAGGCAGCCUUUUCAGAUCCUGAUCGACGGGACGUUUUGUCAGGCGGCUUUAAAAAACAAGAUUCAAAUCAAAGAGCAGAUGCCGAAAUACCUGAUGGGAGAAGUGCAGCUGUGCACCACCAACUGCGCACUCAAAGAACUGGAGACUCUGGGGAAAGAGCUUUAUGGAGCCAGAAUCAUCCUGCAGAGGUUUCAGUCGAGGAGAUGUGCACAUUUAAAGAGUCCUGUUCCUGCUUCAGAGUGUCUGCUGUCCAUGCUGGAGGAGACAAACCCACACCACUACUUUGUUGCUACACAGGACCACUCACUGACUGACGGCCUGAAGAAGAUCCCCGGCGUCCCCCUGCUCUACAUCAUCCUCAACACCAUGGUGCUGGACAAGCCGGCGCAGGCGUCCCUCGACCGCGUCCAGGCCGUGCAGCUGGGCGAGCUGGUGAGCCCCGCCCAGCAGAAGAGCAUCCGCAGCCUGAAGGAGGAGCAGGGGAUCACCGGCCAGCAGGACGGAGGAGAGAGGAAGGGGAAGAAGAGGAAGAGGAAGCAGAGCAACCCCAACCCUCUGAGCUGCUUGAAGAAGAAGAAGAAAGGUGGGCCGACGCCGCCGCUGAAGAAGGCGGCGGCGGCAGGGGCGGACGGGGAGAAGAGGAAAAGAAGUCGGAACAAGAAACAGAGGACGGAGGGAGGAGACAACAUGGCUGCUCCUGUGGUGACAAACGCAUAAAAACGCAAGAACACAAAGACUUCAGCCAUUUUUUUUCUCGCGUAAAUAUUGUCUGAGGAUGCCAAAGGUGAAAUAAUUAUUACACUCAGAAGUUUUGCAGUUUUCCAAUAUUAGUGCAUAGAACACAUCAGUGUUAGUAGUUUACAAAAUACAUUUUAAAAUACUGCUCAUCUUAUUUGUUUUAUUUAAAAAUGUGCAACAGUAUCGAGGACUUACAGACAGAAAUGUUCAGGAACAUACCAUGUAACAGUUACUCUGUACAAAAUAAAAAAAAGAUGCUUCACAGGCACAUGGUUUGGAUGUUAGAUGCACUCAAGACAUUUCAUGAUGAUUACUUUUUUUUUUUUAAACAAUUCAUUCAGCAGUCGAUGCAGAAGAGCACAGAAGAAGAAGACGUGCGGACACAAUGACUUUGAUUUUCUUUUUUUUCUGCGUAAUUCGAUUCAUUUCUACCAAAUUCAACCGGUCACAUUCCUUCAUCAUGAGAGUCAGAACAAUUGUACAAAAUAUUUCCAUUCAGACACGUCCAUUGAUAUCUUCAAACUUUUUUCUUUACAAAUAAAAAACACAAUGAAUCUCUUGUUAUAUAUAUUAUUAAUAAACGAGUAUCAUGUUGACACUUUUAGAGCACAACAACUGAACAGUCUUCUUUUAACUCCACAAAACAAGACCGCAUGUUCUUCUUCAUUUUUUAAAAAGCUGAAUGAACUGAUUCAGUGUCAUGGAGUUAAAGUCAUUUUAAAAACAGAGGGGCAACAUGGCAACACAACUAGUGCAAUUUCACUGUAAUAAAUACUUCAGGACAGAUCAUGCAAGAACAGCAGACCACUGAUGUUUACAGAAUCUAAAUACUGAAAUCUGAAGAUGUUUUUUAUAAGCUGUGUCACAAUUCCUUAGUGCAUACUUUUUUUUAUAAAUAGUCUUCAUCAUAUAAUUGUUUUUAUGGUGCAAUUGUAUACAAGAAUUCCCCGUGGACCACGUGAUCCAAUAAAACUAACAGCAGCACGUUCAAUAAUGAA